AUGAAGGGUUUCGGAUCUAUCUUAGCAUUCAUUGCUAUCUCUGCCACACUCGUUUCUUCCCGAGCUUUACCAGAGAGCGAGUCUGAUCUCAUUGCUAGAGCACCAGUUCCAAAUGUAUUUGAGUUCUAUGCUCGAUCACCAAAAAACAACCAAAACAACGGUGGCGAUGACGAAGAUGACAAUGAUGACAACGAUACGGACGGCAACGACAGUGCUGCUAAUGCAACAGCCAAUGCUGCCGCAGAUAAUCCAAAGGCAAAGGGAAGUGCCAGUCUCAAUGUGAACGCCGCAGCUUCAACCGGAGCUGGAGAGAAAGGCAAAGCAAGCAAGGGAAGCGCAAAGGCAACAGGUGGUGUAGCACAAGCAAGUGGUGCAGCGAAAGCAACUGGCGCAGCAAAAGCGACUGGCGCAGCAAAAGCAACUGGCGCAGAAAAGGCGACUGGCGCAGAAAAGGCAACUGGUGCAGCAAAGGCAACUGGUGCAGCAAAGGCAACUGGCGCAGCAAAAGCAGGCAAAGGUGAUGCUGAUCCCGCUGCGGACGGAGCUAGCACCGCUAAGGCAGGCAAAGGUGAUGCUGAUCCCGCUGCGGACGGAGCUAGCACCGCUAAGGCAGGCAAAGGUGAUGCUGAUCCCGCUGCGGACGGAGCUAGCACCGCUAAGGCAGGCAAAGGUGAUGCUGAUCCUGCUGCGGACGGAGCCAGCACCGCCAACCAAUCUCUCACUGGUGAGAUUCAGACCGAGCUCAGCUCUCUCGGACUCCGUGGCCUUCCUCUCCUCGAAUCAAGAAAGAACAAGAACGGUACCGCUGCUGCCUCUGGGACUACUGGUGGUAACAAUGCUGCUUCAACCGGUAAUGCAGGAAAGAAGGGUAAAGGUGCUAAGGGGGCUGCUAAGCCUACCGGUGCUAGUGUUGCUUCCAGUGCUGCUGCGUCUGCGACAAACUAG